UUUUUUCUCCCAGUCCUUCUCACAAGGCGCUCUUUAAGCUCCGGUGUUGCCACACAGAGCAGCCAUUCAUCGGCUCUACAGUCAGCCACACACACUCCCAUGUUGAACCACUGGACAUCUAAACUGGUUUAACUGCUUUUGCUGAAACUGAUUUCCAGCCAGCGGUGGAAAGGAUUUGGACACUUUUACGCAGCAGUAUGGCUUUGCCUGAGAAGAGUCAGCAAUAACUGGGAUCGUCGCAGAGUCCAGACAUCUUAUUCGAUUAAAACGAUUUAAUUACAUUGAAUAGUUUGGACUCCAAUUGAAAACCAAUUUUGCAUUCGAGGGCUGUCUUGUCAUUAGUGGAAAGCAAAACAAAAUGUCCGGCGAGGAGCACAGCCUGUCCGAGGCGGAACUGAGUCCCGGAGGGUCAGACGAUGGUCACUCACUGUCACCGAGCCAACCUGGAGCGCCACCCGGCCAGGACUCACCUCUGACCGGGCCGCCGCCGCAGCUCGCCGCGCUCUGUGUCGCGGACGGCAGCGGGGACGAUGGAGGCAGAUCCGGAGCCAAAUCAGAGGAAGAGGAAGAUCGCUUCCCGAUCGGCAUCAGGGAGGCGGUCAGCCAGGUGCUGGACGGAUAUGACUGGACACUUGUGCCAAUGCCGGUGCGCGUAAACAACGGAAACAAAGCUAAACCCCACGUAAAGAGGCCCAUGAACGCCUUCAUGGUGUGGGCGCAGGCGGCGAGGAGGAAGCUGGCAGACCAGUACCCCCACCUGCACAACGCGGAGCUCAGCAAGACCCUGGGCAAACUGUGGAGGCUGCUGAACGAGAACGACAAGAGGCCAUUCAUCGAGGAGGCGGAGAGGCUGAGGAAGCAGCACAAGAAGGACUACCCAGAGUACAAGUACCAGCCCCGGAGACGCAAAAACGGUAAACUAGCGCCUGCUAGUGAGUCCGAUAGCCAGGGGGAAGGGGAGGCCAGCCACUCCCAAUCACAUUACAAGACUCUGCAUCUGGAGCACAAUGGCGGGGCUGGGUCUCCCCUGGGUGACCUGCACCACCACCACCAUCACCACCACCAUCCUGCUGGUCAGGGUCACAGCCCACCCACGCCCCCCACCACCCCAAAGACAGAGCUCCAGUCUGGGAAACUGUCAGAUGCCAAGAGGGAGGGGGCAACAGGAGCGGCUGGAGGAUCAGGGGGGUCCAGGGGAGCCCUUGGGGUGGGAGCUGAAGGGGCAUCCGGUGGUCCAUCAUCAUCAAGUGCUAAACCCCACAUCGACUUUGGCACCAUGGACAUUGGCGAAAUCAGCCACGAGGUGAUGUCCAACAUUGAGCCGUUUGAUGUAAAUGAGUUUGACCAGUACCUUCCUCCAAACGGCCACCCGCAGAGUGCAACCGGGGCCCCCACAGCUGGAUCCUCGGCCUCGUCUUACGCCUACGCCCUGGCUGCUGCUAGUGGGCACUCCGCCUGGCUCUCCAAACAGCAGCAGCAGCCUCAAGCUUCUCCGUCUUCCUCCGACCCCUCCAAGGCCCAGAUCAAGAGCGAGUCUGCGUCCGGGAGCCACUACGCCGAGGCCUCGUCCUCUCCCUCCUCAGGCACCCACGUCACUUACACCCCGCUCAGCCUCCCUCAUUAUGGCUCCGCUUUCCCCUCGCUCGCUUCCAGGGCUCAGUUUGAGUACGGAGAGCACCAGGCCCCCGGGGCGUACUAUGCCCACUCCAGCCAGGCCCCGGGGCUGUACUCAGCCUUCUCCUACAUGGGCCCUACACAGAGGCCUCUGUACACUACCAUAGGAGACCCCUCCAGCGUGGCCCCCUCUCACAGCCCCACACACUGGGAGCAGCCUGUUUACACCACACUCACAAGACCUUGAGGGAGACCAGCUGAGCAGAGGGAAAUAUGGGAAGUGUGUGAGUGGAUCUGUGUGUCUGACGGUGUGCAAAUAUGUGAGCGUGUGUAUAUGUGUGUGUGUGUGUGUGUGUGCCCGUGCCAUAUUGAUGUUAUAUUAGAGGUUUUUACUUUUUUAGCCAAUAUAAUGCAAGACGCAUCCACGGGGGGCCUUACACAGUUUAAAAAAAACAAAAAACAGCCACAAACUCACACAAUGUAAAGUGUGAAGUCAACAGCCAAUCAAAAAUUAAAUAAACUUUAACAAACGUGUGCCAUCAUAAAUUUAUAAGUCGGGAUGUACAGCAAGUGUGUAUACGGUAAAUGAAUGAGACACAGAGUGAACAAUGUUGCAUUGGAUGAGUGAUUUGACCCAGAGAUGACGGGGUUAGACUGACGUAAUCAGAUUUUAUUAACCAAACUAAAGCAGAUGUUUUUGAUGUUAUUGUGUUAUUUUAUAUGAGUAGUAAGGUUAUUGUUGUUGUUGAUAUCCUAGGGUGUAACUUUAUUGUGACUGAUUUGAUAUUACACUAAUACAUCUGCACCACUGCUUUGGGAAAAGCACGUUUUGUGUCAACAAGAUGUUCCCUGGAGUUGUUUUUUU